AAACAGAAGCAGGAAAAAGGAAUUAAGUGGAGAUUUCUCUUCCUCUUUGUCAUAAAUUUAAAGUCCCAUAAGGGACUCUGCUGAUUCUUAUCUAAAGUAAUCCAUUUUGAUGGGUAAUUGUGCCAAUGGUUAAUCAGAGCACCUAAUGUUUGAGGGAACUGUGAGAUGAUUGUUCUUUUCAACAAUUGAUCAUACCCAAACCCUUUAUCAUCUUCCUUCACUGAGAGAUUCUGCAGUGGGGGUCUGUUCAUUUACUAAAGCAAAGCUCUGGUUCAGUUGUGGUUUUCCUGCACCUAAUGUUUUUGUUUUGUUUUGCUUUCUGUUUUAGCUGCAGAGAAACUCCACUAAUAGGAGAGAAGUGUGUGUGUGUGUGUGUGUGUUUUAAACAAACUUCAAUGCAGAGCAGAAAACAUGUGGAUUUCCUCUCCCUCAUUUUAACUGAAUUGCCAGGUGGACCUUCAGAUAUCCUUACCUGUGUUUCUGUGUGGGUUACCAGCUGUUGAAGCUGUUGAAUUUUGAAGCAUAAUAAGCCUCCAAGCUGUAAGUUAAAUCCAUUAUUAUCCUGGACUUUGGAAGCAAAAUUAAAGGGGCCCUUACUCGAAAUUUCUGUACUUGGUGAUAGUGGAAAGUGAAUUUUCAUUCCUCAGAAAGAUAGAAGAGGCAGAGAAAGAUGGGCAGAUGGUGUUCUGCUCAACACAAAGCUCUUUCCCAUAAAGAUCCCUUGCUCUUGGUGGGGUAAGGGCAUGUCAUAGAUAGCUCCAGAGACAACUUUGGAAAUAGCUUCUUACCUAUUUGCCUCAACAGAAGUGUGACUUUGUGGGUUUAUGAUUUGUCUUUUAUUGUCAGUUUACUUCUAGCUUGUAUUUUUGAAAACUUCUAGACAGUUGAUUUCCUGCACAUAUUUGUUAGCAAAACAUGCAGAGGGAGAACUCAUAUCCACUCAGACCCAGUAAUUAGGAGCAGUGGACCUGUACCCUGAGCAGGCAACUCUGUGUGUGUGUAUGUGUGUGUGGAAGUGGGCUAGCUCAUCCUAUUUUGCAGGGAUCACACAGUGAGGUGUGUUGUCUAUAUACGUUUUGGGUCCAGAACAUGUCAGCAUGUAGCAGUAAGGGGAUGAGCUGCAAAUACAAGCACAAUGAAUAAGCAUAGGGUCUUGUAAAUUCAGGGAUGUAUGACGAGGGUCUCUGGAUAUACAGGGUGUAAAAUUAGGAGAGGUGGCUGAUUAAGCCAGCCAUCUUCUACUCACUUAAGAGCUACCCAGUCAAAAUGCUGAGCCCCAGAUCCAGUGGAGCCCAACUGAUAGUGACAUAAAUUGGUUCACCCUCAGUGAUGCUUUAAUGCUAAUCUGUAUUAUAAUCAGUUUUGAACUAAAGAAGAGUGUAAACACGUAAUUUAACUGAAUUGCUGAGAAGUCUUGCUUCUCUAAGAUUCUUCAGAAAGUCAUCAGCUCUGCUAAAAAAGGUCCUUGCUUUUCUCAUUUGUGUCUCUAUUCCUUCUCUUUGAGGGAUCCUGUCACUGAAAUGUGUGAGUCCUUGGAUAAAUUUGGCUUGGUGACGGCAAUGCUUUCUUCAGAGACACUGCCACUUCCUCCAUGCUCCUUUUCUACCCUGACCUGAGUUCCUUCGUGUUACUCCCUGUGAUAAAUCAGAGGAUUUGCCCUUUUCACACUUUUCCUAUCACUUGGUAGCCUCUCCUUUCUCUUACCUCUUUUAGGAGGAAUUGGGUGUGAAGUGUCAAAAGCUACAAAGGAGAUGAAGGCCUUAGGAACAAUACUCCUGGUGGUGUAGCCUUAGCUCCUGUUGGGUUCUUAUCUAAUUGUGUUGCUCUCGGCAGACUUUCUGUCUGGAAGCUGCUGGGGAUGUCUGACUAGCUCCAAUGGAGCUCCACUACCUUGCUAAGAAGAGCAGCCAGGCAGCCCUGUGUGAUGCUGUGGACAGGAGCUCAGGAGGGCUUUCGGGGGACCAGGCAGAUGCAGCAGCCACCAAAGCUGCUUUCCGCUGCCAGAGGUAUUGUAUGUCAACAUCAAGAGCACUGAAGAUGGAAGGGUCUAAACUUAGCUCUUCCCCAGCAUCCCCUUCGCCCACUCUGCAAGAAAAUGUUAUUCAGCCAGACUCCUUGCCACCAGGACCUCUCAACUCAGGGAACAAUCUAAUAACAGCAGAACGGAAAGUCUGUAACUGCUGCACCCAGGAAUUAGAGACCUCUUUUACCUACGUGGAUGAGAAUGUCAACCUGGAGCAAAGGAACCAGAGCUCCCCUUCAGCAAAAAGGAGUAAUCAUCUGGGAGACCUGGGCUGGGGAAAUUCAAAUGAGUGGUCUCACGAGGCUGCCAUAUCCCUGAUAUCCGAAGAUGAAGAUGAUACAAGUUUGGAAGCCACCUCUUCAGGGAAGUCAGUAGACUAUGGUUUCAUCAGCGCCAUCUUAUUCUUAGUCACUGGCAUCUUGCUGGUGAUCAUCUCUUACAUUGUCCCACGGGACGUGACUGUGGAUCCCAACAUGGUAGCGGCCCGGGAAAUGGAACGCCUGGAGAAGGAGAGUGCGAAGUUAGGAGCUCACCUGGACCGCUGUGUGAUUGCUGGACUCUGCCUCCUCACACUUGGGGGGGUUGUUCUGUCCUGUUUGCUAAUGAUGUCCAUGUGGAAGGGGGAGCUGUAUCGUCGUGACAGGGAGCCAAUUGGACCAGUACUGGCACAUAUCCUUGAAGAUGCAAAUUUAGACAAAGAGACUGUCCUGCCAAAUUCAUUUGUGCCUUUCCUUUGCUGCUGGACAUAAAGAUAAGUGAGUGAGUAAGAAUUACGUCAGCUGAACAUUAGGAAUUAAAGGUCUGAAUCCAGUGGUUCUACUUUUUGUUACUUCUUUGUGGUAGGCAAACUUUCUAGGCAAGAGCAUUUGAACAUUUUUGCUUUCAUCUUUCACAUGUCCAAAGACCAGCACAUGUAAAACCUUACCUGGAUUAUUCACCUAAAGUUAAAGAAAAAAUGUUCUACAUAUCUGUUAGGAGAAGGAUUUUCAAUCUGAAGGUCAGAUUUCACUGCAGCAAUAACUGCUACCACAAAAAUGUGGUCUGACAAAAGAGAUUCACAACCUUCUCGAACAGUUCACCUAUUCAGCAAGAUUUAAUACCACCAACUGGAUCCCACUGUGACAAAGGAAUAAGACAAAUCCUUACAGUUCUCUGUAACGGGGUCUAACCUUUCCCAGAAUCGAGCAUAAAGGAUGAUUACAGUAAAAAGAAUUAUAAUGAAGUCUCACUGACUUUUCUCAGUAUAAAAGGGUUUGUAAAGAGAAUUAACAUAUCUUUCAGCUGAUUUUCAGCUAUAUACUUUUAUGAUACAUAGUAUUCUAUAAUAUUCUUUCCUUCCAACUUACAUGGGCAUAAGCCUUGGGAAAUAAUUUGCCUGACUUGUUCACUGGCACUGUAAGAAGUAAGAUGUUAUUUUAAAUACAUGAAAUUGAUUUUUAAAAUGUGUGGCUUACCCUUAAGAGUGUAUCUGUCUAUAGUUUCUGUUUGUUAGUGUGCAAGUUUAUGUACACUCAAGUUGAUAUAUGUAUUAGGAGACAUUUUAUAAUUAUAGAACUAUAAUAUUUAAAGCUAUAAAGCCAUUGUUAGAAUAAUUUUCUUAUAGGAAACUUGGCAUGCCUUAAUGUUGUCUUUAAGGACAAGAGAGUCUCUCACAGGUCACGAAUAAUGAAUUUGAAAUCAACCUCAGAAUGAGAUGCCAUAAUCAUAUAGCCCUUUUUUGAUUAUUCAGUAUCCUGCAGAUGUUUGAUUUCCUUUUUUAAACCUCUCAAUUUUAGGCUCUUAAAAGUGUGGUAUAUUUAGGAAUUAUUGCACCAUGAUUAUUAUUUUAUUUCAGAAAAAUAUGUGUAGUAAACAGUAUUUUCCUUUCUUCAAGUUUUAGUAAGUUUCUCAUAUUUCAGGAAUAGCCAGCCUUACUGUCCCACUGCUAUCUUAAUGCUUCCAAACAAGUGUCAUACAAGAAAGCAAAGAUGGGUUAUUAUAUAUUGAGAGUUUUAAUUUUACAGUUCUUGUCAUGCUUUUAACUUUACUUUUCUUGCCAAAAAAGAAAAAUAAUUUGAUGCUGAUUAUGUGUUUUUGAUAUUCUAAAAGGGCAGUUAUUAAGGUUCUGGGCUUUUUAUUAGGGCAUUCUUAUAUGUUAAUAGCAACUGUGCUAUAUUAUUUU